AUGUCUCUUUUCGUUUUCAUUUCAUUUCCAUGGAUUCUACUAUCUGCAUGUAGACUCUGCACCACUAUUGGCCUUGCUCAUAGUCUCUGCUCUUAUUCAUCCCAAAGAUGUUUUAUUGGGUUUCUGUGACUCACCAUGCUUUGCACAAUGAUUGGUCAAUCCUGUUGGUCAAUCCUCCAUAUAAACCACCAUCAUCAGGUGAUUUUUUAUCCUCUGGUGUUACAUUUACGUAAAUGGUAAUCUUACUCUAACACACACUACCCAAAAACAGAAGAGCAGCUUAAUAAGAUGUCCAUGGCACCGACUCAGUAUGAUAAGAUGCCAAAACCAGGAAACCUCAUUGAAAUCUUCAGAGUCGGAUACCAACACUGGGCUAUCUAUAUUGAUGAUGGGUUCCUGAUUCACCUGGGCUCAGACUCUGAGUAUUCUAAAGUUGGGUCUUGCGGUACGAUGUCAGUACCGCCUAAUAUAGCCAUUGUGAAGCAGGAGAAACUCCAGAAUGUGGUUGGCAAUGAUAAGUACCAUAUCAACAACCUUCUGGAUUACAAAUAUAAGCCUCGACCCUUCAGUGAUAUCAUAAAGGAUGCAAAGGGUCUUGUGGGAACGACAGUUUCAUAUAAUCCGAUCAACAGGAAUUGUGAACACUUUGUCACAGAGCUGAGAUAUGGAAAGCCAGAGUGUCUUCAGGUAUCAGACGAUGCAGAAUAUACCAUUAACCUGGGCCAGAAGGUACCAAUGGGUACAGCUGAAGCAGCGCUCUCUGCUGCAGAGGGGGAGACGGUACUCCCUGAAUGGAGCGAGAAGGUGGCACAGGGAAUUCAGACGGGAGCUUCGUGGCUAAGCUGGGGCCUGGUGAAGGGAGCAGAGUACACUGGAAAAGCCAUUCAUAAUGGUGCGUCCAAGCUACGAGAGCACAUCACGCCAGAAGACACACCAAUUUAUGUCAGCCCAACCGUAACGAAAAGCCUUAGUGUAGCCAAACAAGCCACAGAAGGUACAGUGAAGGUCAGCCAGUUUCUUGUGGAUGGACUGUGCACUGUCGCUGGCCACGUUGGCAGAGAGGUCGCUCCUCAUGUCAAGAAGCAAGGAGAAAAGCUUAUCCCAGAUUCUGUAAAGAAUAUCAAGGAUGGCUGCUCCAAUAUUGAUGGUGCCAUGGUGGUCGUAGCAAGUGGGUUUCAAGGAUUCGCAACAACGUGGACUGGGUUGGUGGACGCAGCUAAAACCAUUGCAAAGAGUGUUGCUACAGAGACGGUUACCACAGUAGAACAUAAGUAUGGGGCUGCAGCAGGCCAGGCCACAGAUCACGCUGUCAACUCAGCCAUCAAUGUGGGCAUCGCUGCAACUAAUAUCAACCACCUGGGAAUCAAGGCAAUGGUCAAGAAGACUGGCAAAGAGACUGCCCAUGCUAUUCUGGCAGAUUAUGAAGUCAAUGAGCAAGGUAGUGAAGUUGAAAAACAUAAAGAAUACAAAUAGAUGGUUCAGACCUCUUUCAUUUAGGUGUCCAUUUCCAAGAGCAAAGCAAAGGUCUUGCUUUCAAAAAUUAAGAAUGAACCACAAAUGCAAGACAAAGUAAAAAAUCUAUCUAUCUAUAAAAAUCUGCAUAGCAUUCAAAGUAAACAUACACAUGCAUACACAUGAAUGGCUAGUGGCCCUCAAAGAAUAAAUCCAGUAUGUCUCCCUUUGCUUAAGGCGUUUGAUUAUAUCCCCACUUCUGGCAUCAAGGCGAAUAGCCUCAACAGAAACUAACUGUAACAUAAGAGUGGUGUUUUCACCAUCUCCCUAGUGAUUCCCUCCAUCUCCAGGUCGCCCGUCUCGGGGCCACUUAGAUUUUCGUUUUCCUUUAUAAGCUGCCGGGCAGACUGCUGGUAAAAUAAAUGAAUGUACUUAUUUGUAAUAUUCUUAAACAUUUUGUGAAGCAAAUUUAAAUUAAAAUAUUUAAUAAUAUAA